UUAAUUAACUUUAACUUCCGAUCAUUGUCCAACACUUUUGUGGUCGCCUAAAAACGGACUAUAGUUUUCUACGAAUGUAAAAGGUUGUACAAAUCAGGGCUACUUUAAAGGAAACACUGUGCCGCAUAUACAAAUUUAUACAAUUCGGUGCUAAUAUUUUUAUAAACAAAAACGAAACCAGUGAAGAGGACAUAUACAUAUAAAAAAACCGCAUACAAAAUCCACACAAUAAUAAAAAGUGAUUCGUCAAGGCCACUCGUUCGAACGAAUUGUAUACCCGCUAAUUGAAUUAAGCCAAGCAUUACUUCAGAUUUUCAUACACAUAACCACUGCCGUUUCCGGAAUAAAAUUGACAAAAAAAUGGAGCCACAUCUUCUACAGCAACUCAUCAACGCAGCUGAGAAGGCAGCCAAUAUUGCGCGUGUCUGCCGUUCCAAUGAAGCUCUGCUUAAGUUGUUGGUGCAGGAAAAAACUGGACCGGAUGCGAAUGCCCGCUUUGAACACGAUUUUAAAACCCUCGCUGAUGUGCUAAUUCAAGAAACUAUCAAACACGAUAUUUGUGAGUUGUUUCCUGCCAUGCGGGAGGCCAUUAAAGGUGAAGAGUCGCCAAACUUCACCAAUGUAGAGGGAGAGUCAGUGACUAUUGUAGUGGGCGAAACGGUAGAGGAAACAGCGCAGUGUCUGACAGCGAUACUAAAUGCUGAAGCAGCGGAAAUACUUGCUAGUGAAGUACAUCGCGAUGUUGCAUACGAAGAAGAGGUUCUUGGCGAAAUACCAGCACUGCCAGCAGACCUAGAUUAUAGCAAUUUGGGUAUUUGGAUAGAUCCAAUUGAUGGCACUGCUGAGUAUAUUUCUGGGGAUACCAUUUUCACAGACUUUCCAGGUAUAACUUCAACCGGCUUAGACUGUGUAACCGUGCUGGUUGGCGUGUACGAUCGCACGACUGGUGAGCCUGUUAUAGGAGUUGUAUCGCAGCCCUUCCAUAAUAAAUUAGACGAAAAUGUAUAUCGUUCGCUAGUAUUUUGGGGUAUUUGUUUACCGGAAUUGCAUGCGAACAAUUGUCAAUUUGAGCGACCAACACGUGACAAUCGGUUAGGCAUAUUCUCCAGCUCUGAGAAUGGUGAUAUUCUUCAACGCAUCAUGGAUUUAGGCUAUGAGUUCGCAUUUGCCGCUGGCGCUGGUCAUAAAGCAGUAAAAGUGAUCACCUGGGAAGUAGAUUUGUAUUUGCUGAGUAAGGGUUCCACAUUCAAAUGGGACACUUGCGCACCACAAGCUAUAUUGCGAUCUUUAGGCGGUGAUAUUUUUAGUUAUGGCGGAAGCAUCAACGAAUGCAAACCAAUAGCAUUAAGCUAUCUGGACGAGGGCGAGGAAAUUGAAAACCUUAAAUGCAAUAAAGAUGGUUUGAUUGCGGUGCGUGAUGUUAGCUUAAUCGACGAAUUGUUAGCAAAAUUUAAGGAAUAAGGGGAAGAGUUUAAAAUAUAUUAAAUACAUACAUACAUAUAUGUAUGAGGUUAACAAGAUUUUGAAGGAGGUAAGGACAAGCUAAAAUUCUCAAAUACGUUAUCAAAACGUAUGUUUUAAUUCACUUUCGCCUUGUACUCCAAUAUAAAUGCAUUUCGGUAAGAUUAUUUUGUAAUUAGUUUUAAAAUUUUCUAGUACAUACAA